ACGAGGGAUUGUAUUUCCGAAAGGUGAAGGUCUUUAUGCUAAGCAAGUAUUUUUUUCUCUCGGCAGUUUCAUUGCACAUUUAGUCUCGUUUGAUGAUCGACGAACGUCAUGGAUCCACCUUUUGAUUGUAAUAGACACGUACCUCCACUGAGAUCUUUUUGGGUUUGGUUCUGUUUUGUCUUGUUAGGAUCGCAUCUCCCACUAUCGCUGUCAGCAAAUCUACAAUGGCAAACUCAACCAUUGUCACAAACUGUGGAGGAAGGCAACACUACUACAUUUUCUUGUUCGGCGCAAUACACCAAAAAGAUACAGGAGUACGACUGGGAAUUUAAUAAUCAAUCCUUACCAGGAGACAGUCGUUUUGUUAAAAAGGACGAUGGUAAAAUGUUAGAAAUAUCUAACGUUAAGUUUGAGGAUCGAGGAAACUAUAGAUGUGUGGCCAAAAGGAAAGGGAAAACUCUGGGCACGAGUCAGAACGCGGCCUUAAAUGUAAAAGGAAUUUGCUCUGCAAUUCAAUUAAGCAUAAAGCCCACUGGCAAAAUAUUCUUAACAAAGACUGAUUUACAGCUAAGAUGUAAGUGUUACAUUUAUCCUUUGGGAACAUAUGUUUGGACAAAAGAUGGGAAAGAGGUUGCCACAGAUGCACGAGUUACUAUCAGUCGCAACAAACUGUAUAUUAACAAUGCAACUGUAGGAGACAGUGGUGAAUACUCUUGUUCAGCAACCACCCAGGAUGGGUCAGAUACCAGACGUGCAACAUCUCCAUUGUCAGUUACUGUAGUUGAUGGACAACAUCCUCAAUUUCAAAUUCCUCCUCCAAAGGAGAGAACAGUUUUACCGGGUAGUGAAGUAGUCCUCCCUUGUAAAGCUAUUGGCAGCCCAACUCCUAAAAUUAAGUGGUAUGCAGGGAGUAAUCGUAGCCCAUUGCAAAGCUCUUCUAAGUACAGAAUUCAUGAUAAUGGGACACUGGUGAUCACAAAUGUUGACAAGCAAGAUGAAGAAAAAUACAAGUGUACGGCAACAAACUUGGUUGGGCAAAUGACCACAGAAAGUGUUUUGAGACUUGCUUACUUGAAUAAUGUUACCCUGGACAAAACCAAAGUAUAUGUCUUAUUCAAUGACCCACUAGAAAUAACGUGUGACCCACCUGAAGCAAGGCCAGCCGCAUCAGUAACAUGGCUCAAGGCAGCUGGAGAGACCCUGCCUAAAAGAUUUGAUAUAAAAGGUUGUUGUACUCUUCGGAACAAUAGAACAAAGCUUAAUGAUGCUGGAAGUUACACUUGCACAGCAAAAAACAUGGUUGGAAACAAAUCAGAGACUGUUGAAAUUACAGUUGUUGAGCAACCAAAGAUUGCUUCGAAACCCAAAAACGUAUCUAUUAAGGAAGAUGGAAAAGCUAUUCUUGACUGCAAUGCUAAAACCAGACCAACCCCCAACAUAUCCUGGUACAAAGAUGGCAAAUCUCUCAAGGUUGACAAGAAGCGGAUAUUUAAAUAUCUAAAUGGAACACUAGUCAUAAACAAAGUUAUCCCAGAAGAUUCAGGAAAAUACCAAUGUUCAGCGGAUGUAGCAUCUUGGUCAGACAGUGCAGAGGCUUCUGUUGAUGUAUAUGCAAAAGUAAAGCUGCGAGGUAUCCAUACCAACCAAGUGAAUGCCAACCUACACAAACUUCAGAAGAUCCGAUGUGACUUUGAUGGACACCAACCCAUUAGAGUUACCUGGAGGAAAGAAGGAGGUGUAAAUAUUGAUCCAAAACGAGUUAGACAAGAAGAUAGUAUGCUGAUUUUUGAAAAAAUUGAGAAAGCAGAUGAGGGCCAUUACUGGUGUAAGGGUGAAAAUUCCUUCAGCAGUGCAGAGAGCUAUGUUAACAUUUCUGUUUAUGUGUAUCCCACGUUUGUCCUGCGGCCGAAGAACACGACGGCUUAUGUAGACGAUCAUUUGUGGCUCCAUUGUAACGCAUCAGGUGAUCCUAAACCCAAGAUCAGUUGGAGCAAAGAAGCACAAGGAGGGGACAAGCUGGAUAGAGAGCGUUUCAUUCUGUUCCCUAAUGGAACUCUUCACAUCAAGAAGGUGCAAUUCGCUGAUGAGGGCAGGUACUAUUGCAUCGCCGCAAACCAUGCUGAAAUGAAACAGAGCAAAUUCAGUCUUAAAGUACAAGCUCAUCCCAUCGCCGAAGUUAGCAAAUCGACAGCCUCAAUGGCUCGCACAAUAGGAAUUGCAGUCGGGUGUGCUGCAGCUUACAUUGUUCUGGUGGUGGGUUUGAUGAUCUACUGUAAAGGGCGGCGGGCCAGGCAGAACAGGAAAGAAGAGGUCUUACCUCCAGAAUGUGAAAACUUGAACGUCAAUGGUGACGUCGAACAUAAAGACGGAGAGGGUAACGACAUGACAAUGAACCCCAUUUACAGAUCACACCCUGGCUACGACAAAAUGGAGUUUCCUCGACACGAUCUGGAGGCCAUCAGGAGCCUGGGUAACGGUGCUUAUGGAAGAGCAUUCUUGGCGCGAGCUAGCGGAAUCCGCGACGGUGAGAAGGAAACCAUGGUGGUGGUGAAGGCAUUGGUGAGUAAUGAUGACCAAGUGCGCGAGGAUUUUAACAAGGAAAUGGAAGCGCUCUGUGGUCUGCAGCACGAUAAUGUAGUCACUCUGCUCGGUGUGUGUAAGGACGAAGAACCAUUUUACAUGAUCUUCGAAUCGUUAGAAAAGGGCGACUUAAAGCAGUACCUUCUGUCUUGCUAUGAUAACGGCCGAAGUACGUUGAAUUCAAAUCAGAAACUCGCCAUUUGUGGACAACUGGCGACGGGAAUGAACUAUCUAAGCUCGCAACACUUCGUCCACAAGGAUCUUGCUGCAAGGAAUUGUAUGGUUGGUCGAGAUAUGCAGAUCAAGAUAGGCUUUUUGAGUUUCAGUUACGAUCUCUACAACAAGGAGUAUUACCGCUUCAACAACGUACAGAUACCGUUAAGAUGGAUGCCUCCAGAGGCCAUUUUCGACGAUGAUUUCUCCGAGAAGAGCGACGUUUGGUCGUUUGGAGUGUUGGUUUGGGAGAUUUACACUCUUGGUCAGCUGCCGUAUCACGAUCGGUCGAACGAGGAGGUCCUGAAAUGCGUUAAGGAUGAUCUGCGUCUGCCAAAGCCUGAUAACUGCCCGGAUACGGUUCUCGAGGUUCUAGAGAAAUGUUGGGAAGGGAAUCCGCUGGCUCGCCCGUCCUUUGCGGAACUUAUGGAUGACGUAGCGGGGAUUAGCGUGGAUAGUCACGUUUGAUUUCAUGGCGUAACCAACCCGCUUGAAUUCUGUAAUGAAGUUAGACUCCCUGAACCGUGAACCACUUCCUUACUAGCCAGUGGUGUCAUGAUUUUUCAACCAAGGUGAUUACAAAGUGCCGAAUAGAACUAACUUAUUUCUUGCUGACAGUGUAAUUUCAAAUUAGUGGCACUUGGAGAGAUUUUGAACUGAAGGCUUAUGAAUGAUGCUUUCUAGAUUGCUGGACGUUGUUGUUGUUUUAUUUUUUCACGAUUACGGAAUGCAAUUAUUUUUUUAGGCCAGAAUCUCGUGAAGGGAUUGUAUUUUUGCGCACAAGUUUCUGCUAAAGAUCAGGGAGUUUAAUUUAUUUCAAUUGCUUUGAAAUCCAUACCGACGUGGUAUCAGCUACGACUGAUGGUGAAUCUAUUUUAACCGAUCGAUACAAAAGCCUUUACAAAGGAAUCUGGACAGAAAAAGCAAAAUUGAACUUGAAAGUACAAGAGAUUUGUUGGCCAUCCUUUUUCCUCGCUACUGAUUGCCAAGUAGGCAGAACUUGAAAGAGUUUAGAAGGAUUUCGUAAUCUCCUUGGACUUGUACGCGUGUGCAGGUAAAUUACAUAGACCAGUCCAGAUCGAGAUAACAUAAAUUCGGUGGAAAAUCUCUGUAGCAGUGAACACCGCAAAAUGUCUAGGUUUAUGAUUUAGAAACCGGAUUACUGGAAUAUUUUUUGCUCUGAACUAGUUUAAGUUUGGCGUGGUGGGCAUAAAAUUAGUAUUUUUUUUUAAUCACGAUAGCUUGCGUAGCCAACCAGAACGUGAAGAUAAACUUGCCAAAUAACCAAAACAACGCGCGCGUUAUUUUUAUCAGCCUUGAAUGCUUCGAUAAAGGUAUUUUUCUGUUUUAUUGUUACAGAUAUUAUUGUAUUUUUUAAACUUGAAUUUGUACAAGGGGACAAGAUGAAUUAGCUUAGAUUUAAUUUAUUUUGAUGGGAUGUUAUGUACUAAUUACUGUUAUUGUGCUAGUAAAUAAAUGUCAGAUUCGUGUUGUCUUACGUCAUAAACCUUGUGACUGAAGCAGAAACGAAGGGGAUUUAAACGAAAAAAAGAUUUAGGUAGACCCGGGUUUUUGAAGGUGAAUUAGAAGUUAUGUUUAGGUACACGGUUGCCCAUAGUAAAUUGUUUGCUUCCACUAAAUAAUCGCGCCAUAAAUGUAAAAACGUGUUAAUGGUUUCGGUAGCUUUCUUGGAGAAAUUUUCCAGUCAUUUAAGUUAAUAGCAUUAGUCGAAAGGUAAAAAAAUGUUAGAUUUAAAAGUAAUUUUAUAAACUUGAAUUCCAGUUAAGCAGGGAAACCCUUAUUUUAUUAUACAUUUUGUUUUUCUUGGUCGUAAACCUUAGUGUUAGAUUUGAAGAUGUUUAUGAUAAAUGCCAGUCUCUUGACAACUUCGUACCCAGCCCUUCCCCGCUCAUCAACAGUCAAGUGUUAAUGUUGUGCUAGGGGAGGAGUAGGUGUGCAAUUGCCCAGAUACUGACAUUGAUAUGAUUUUUUACGACGUCAAGAAUUACAAGGUUAUUUUUUUAAUUGUAACCAUUGGAAUUCUCUGUUUGAAGGAGUUCCCAGAUCCAGGCUACUUUUGAAGGUGCUGCGGAAAUUAUUUAUGUAAGCUGACUGCUUUUUGUGUGAAUUGUAGAGCGUACUAGUCGCUUUUUUUAUCGACUGGUAGUAAAGGGGCUGCGUGCUUGCUUCUAAGGUGUAUUGGUAGAGUAGAUUAUAGUUCACUUUGUCAAAUUAAAGUAAGAAUUUUUUUUGUGUGUUUUGCGAUUAUGGUUUAAGAAUAAGAAACAAUGUAACUUAGCAAUUAUAUUUAGACCUAAACAGAUUACUCUAUGAUACAGUAAAGAACUGAUGUCGUGUUGAGAAAUUUGUUAUUUUCAAUUGAGACUUUCACUUGAAAAAUGUACAUAUUCUUAGUAAUUUGUAGAUUUUUUUCGGUUUAACAAUCCGUGUGAUCUUAGCUACCUGCAAUUCAAUUUAAAAAACAAAUAAAAUUGUAGAUUUUAUUUGA